CUCGCCUAGAAACGAGAAAGCGUCGCUCCAUGGUCGCUACGGAGAGAGAGGGAUGGGUCUCUCUUGUAGUUAAAAGAUACUUCUGUGGACUUUCCCACGCAGUUAGGACUAGUUACUAUCAUGGCACUCUGUGGGAAACGCUUCUUGGUCGUUGCAACAACGACUCCUCCAAGUUUUAACGUUUGUAUAUCCAUGUUUUGGUGCUACUAGUGCAUUAAUCCAUCUUGGCAUGACCGAUAAAGAUUAGUUAGCAUGCUAGCGAGCUAGCCGCACAGCCUCCGCAUCACACAGCGACCACACCUGCCGGUGACAGUGUGGCUGCAGGUUCCUAGCAGACAUGGGCAAACUACAGAGCAAGUUUCGCAAGAGGUCUGACCUCUACAAGGCAUCUGAGGGGGAUAAGGCAGAUAAUACCUUCGACAGUCAGGUGGUGCAGUAUGAACCUGCCCAUCAAGGCUCCACCAACACUGUCACCAAUCUCAGCCCAGAUCUGUGUGUUUCUGGCGGGAGUGACCAGGCUGUGGUGGUGUAUGACUGGAAGCAAGGCCGGCUGUGUCAGUCCUUCCAGGGUCACAACCGAGAGGUUACCAAGGUGGUGUGUUAUCCAGGGAGUACAUGGAUCUUUAGUGCCUCACGGGACAAGACUGUUCUCAUGUGGGACCUAAACCAGGGGGAUGAACCUAUUCAGGAAUAUUGUGGCCAUGAAUUGGUGGUCAAUGGACUAGCUAUCAGCCCUGAAGGGAGAAAGCUGUGCACUGGUUCCCGUGAUAACUGGAUGUGCCUGUGGGAUAUAGAAUCUGCAAAAUGUGAACAGAGACACAACAUUUCUAGAAACCUGGUGACUCAUGUAUGUUGGGUGCCAAGCAGCUCCUCUAUUGUGCAGACCUCUGAGGAUAAAACCAUAAGGGUGUGGGAUAGCCGUGCAUGGCAGGUGACCAACACUUUUCCAGCCAAGCAAUACAUCCAGACCCACUGUGACGUUUCUCCAAAUGGUUACUACCUGGUGUCCAGCAGCAAUGGCUUUGGAGGCCAGGGCUGUGAAGCCACGCUCUGGGAUCUGCGUCAGCCUGGCUGUAAAGUUGUGGAGUACAGAGGUCAUCUCCAGACCACCGCCUGCUGUAUGUUUCUGCCUACGCCUCCUGGUGGCUCAGCUCAGGUAGCAACAUCCUCCCAUGACAGCUCAGUCAAAGUCUGGGAUCAGAACACAGCAGUCUGUUUAGGGACGUUAUCUCUGGAUGGUGCAGGUCCUUUGGUUUGUCUUUCUCCCGCUGACUCUACCAAUCUGCUUUGUGCCAGCUUCAACACUGGCCUCCAUCAUAUCCAGGUGGGCCACGGAUCAAACCAGGCUCAGGUUUCUGGGGCAGGUUCAGGGGGAGCUGGUGGCCUGGACAUAAAAGUUGUGGCACGCUUCUGAUAGCCCAGGAGAGCCUGGUGUGACUCAUAACUGUGAACAGUCGGUGACUUAGCGAGCAAUGUCACUGGAUAUGGAUGUCAUGGCUGUUCUUUAUUCUUUUUUUUUUUUUACAAUUUUGCAUAUUUCUAUCGACAUUUUUGCUUCACUAGACUGUCAUACAGUGAAGAAUGACAGAAAGAUCAGUGAAAAGGAGUGGGUGAUAAUGAAAUGUAUGGAGGACGCACCUUAUGACAAGCAAAGCCGCCUGGAAGCCCAUCAUAGCUGCUUAAUGAAAUUGUAAACAUCAAAAUGUUCCUGCUUCGAUUGUUGCCUUCUAGGACCAAACCAGAUUAACUGGGUAUCACCCUCUGUUUUAUACACUACUUCAGCUAGGUGGAUUUGUCAGAAAGCUUCAUGCACAUUGCUUUUAUUAAUGGUGCUGAAUACAUUUGGAGGACGUCUUAAUGUGGCAGGAGUGGUGUUGAAAAUAUGGAAGCACUGUUAGAGCAGGAAAUCAUCUAUUUGGUCAGGUGUUACUUUUCCUUAGUCUGACAGAAGAAGUGGGAGCCAAAUAGAUUAGUAUAGUAAGAGUAUGUGACUUUUCCUAGACUGCCAGAUUUGUUAGUCACACAAUGUGAAAAGUUGUUUUCAUCACAAAGACAGAAAAAUGCAGAGCAUAUGUUUGUAAUUAAUAAUAAUAUUCUAACCAUUGAUUAGUUUGUACUAUAGUUUUAACCUGUCAAGUGUUAGACCAAAUUAAUACUUAACACAGAACUGUAUAAACAUGAGCUUUAUUUGUUGGUAGGAUUCAAUUCAUAAUGUUUUCUAAAGAUACAGAUGCUGAUAUUUUUUGAACUGAUGCUGCCGAUAGCUGUUGGUGCCGAUAUCCAUUAUAUUUAAAUUUAACAAUUACUAUGCAAAAUACCAGAAUAAUUCAAUUUUGAAGAAAUUAUUCUUUGAAAAAACAUAUGGUAAUAAAAUAUGUUGCAAACACAAGAGAAAGCUACUCAAUAUGGUGUCACUGCUGACUACUAUUAACAGCAGAUGCUACAGAACUACUUUGUUAGGAUUAACAAUCGGGUAGUCUGUAGUUUAGCCAGCAAAUGCUAAUGUUAAUAUUAACAGCCUAAAUGGAAUACUUCAUCCCCCAAAAUAGUCUGAUUUACUGGAUAGCCUGUGGAUAUAAGCCUGUCAUUGCACACAACUCUCACACAGCAUGCUCCCCCUCGCCUUCUGCUAUCUCUGCUAUCUAUUUCCAGAGGCACCGUUGCUGCAUCCCCGGCUCAGCACUGCCCAUGAUGACUGUUAUUGGUUUAAAGAAAUCCAAACAAGCCAAGAGUGUUUUUUCCCCAUAGCAGAAUGAUAAUAGUUGCUGACACAGCACUGUGGAGACAGGUCUAGCUAUGCGAGAUUACCCCCAGAAUGAUAAUUUGUGUAUCAAUUACUGAUCCUGUUUUACAUUGAAUUGUUAAAGAAACCUUGUUUUAGUCACAUGCCUCCACAGCAAACAAAAAACUAGAAAACUGAGAAGAUUCUUAAAGAAUUGAAGUACAUGAGGGCCACAGCAAAACAAUAACAAAACAUCCAUUUACAAUCUCCCACACAACUCUGCACAGAUGAGUAGCGUGCCUGCGCAAGCGUGAGACGGUCUAUGGGGAAAUGUUUUUGAUAGUGAGAUUUGGUGUUUGGGAAGCAGUGAGCUUACAAUGAAUAUUUGAGAUUUGUAUUAUACUGCACGAGUUGUGUGAGAGUUUACGAACUGAUGUUUUGUUUUAGUUUUUCUGUUGUUAAAUGUGACCCCCAUUUACUCGAAGGAGUUUCUCCAUUUUCAGAUAAUCCCUUUAUUGUUGGCGUCAUUCAAGAACAAUUAAGUUUUCAUCAGGAAUUCAAGGUAACACACGAUCAGUAUUGAAUAUAACUUUUAACAAGUAUUCCUUUAACAUAAACAGCAUUACUCUAAGUGAGUAAAACUGGCUGCACAUUAUGUUCCUACAUGCAAUUAUCAUAGAUGAGUUUAACCACUUCUGUAUUUGAAGUGUAACUUAUACUAAUAUUGUCUGUUCCAGCAGCUUAAAAAAGUACAAUAUUUUCCUUUUGUUUUGGAUAUCCAGGUUACCAUCUUUCCCUAAGACUGUUAACUACAUCUGCCAAUUCCAUUUUAGAGAUUUAUCGCUAGCUAGAAAAACAUAAUGGACAGGUUAGGAGUAGAUCAAAGUAACAAGCGGUAAUGUAAUCUCAGGUGAGUCCAAAUGCACUCGUGGAUAUCAAUCUUAAGAAAUAAGUUGGUUUAGUACUUACUGAACAUCUACUUGUUCAAGGUAACUGUGAUGUGUGACUUUUUGUCAUACAGUGCCAAGCAAUCCACAUCAGUAAUUAUUUUUCUAAAAUCUAGAUAACACAAGAAGCAGUAGGCAACCAAAGGUGACCAGACAUUAUAUUAAAUGAUUUAUUGUUUGGGUAUUUGUCACUCAAAACGUCACCAGCUGAUUUUAUCUGUCUGUUUGAUACGUUAUGAUUAAGCAAUAAACUAAUUAUAAUAUCUAAGGUGUAAAUCUUAGUUGUGGCUCCUUGUGUCAGUUGAGAUUUUUAACUUGGUCACAAACCCACUGUUUAUUUAAUACUACUCUCACAUGUAUGUCAUUAAAUAUGAAUGCUUGCUUCAUCUUAUUCAGUAGAGCACUACAGGUAAAUUAAAUCAUUCAUGGUAUACCA